UGGAGUUCAAUGUGCUGCUGCUGCUGCUAAUUUUCGCACUCUUUGUGGGCCUGGGCCACGCUAAUCGGACUGUGCACCCCAAUUUUAGCAAUAUGCAGGUGCGUUUGGCCAGCUCACAACGGACAACAUCCCAUCGACCACCCCGGCAUGAGGGUCGCGUAGAGGUUAGCUUUGACAAAGGCGCCACGUGGGGCACCAUUUGCAGCACACGCUGGUCAUUGAGGGAGGGCAAUGUUGUGUGCAAGCAGCUCGGACUCGGAUACGCAUCCAUGGCCAGACCCAGCACCGUACAUGGCAACAGUCGCGCUAAUCGCUGGGCCUUGGUUGGCACCCUGUGUCGCGGCACAGAAUCAAAACUCUCCGAGUGUCAACGAGAGCUAACAUAUCCAACGGUUUGCAAUGCCGCCAAUCGUAAUGUGAGCACUGUGGCAUGUGUUGCCCGAUCUGCAGAUCUCGAGCUUGGCCUAGCUGAUAUUGAGAUUAGCGCAUAUCUGGCGGAUGUACCUAUGACACAGCUCACCUGCGCCAUGGAGGAGAAUUGUGUCUCACGAGAUGCGUAUGUGAUACGGAGAACAAAUCCGCGUGCAGUGCGUAAGUUGCUCCGCUUCUCUGUGAAGGCCUCCAACGUGGGCAAUGCGGAUGUGAGUCCCUAUGCAAACUACAGAGACUGGGAGUGGCAUCAAUGCCACCAGCACUAUCACAGCAUGAACGUAUUUGCCACGUUCGAUGUGCUCAAUCGGCGCUAUCAGAAGGUCGCUCAGGGUCACAAGGCAUCCUUUUGCUUGAUGGACACCGAGUGCAAUGUGGGCGUGCAGCCCAGACAUACCUGUGGCAAUUUUACCCAGGGUAUCACUCCUGGCUGCGCGGAUGUUUAUAGUCAUGUCCUAGAUUGCCAGUGGGUCGAUGUGACCACCGUGCCCAUUAACCGACCAUAUAUCCUGCGUGUCGCUCUAAAUCCCGAGUUUAUGCUGGGUGAGAUGUCCUUUGAGAAUAAUGGCGCCGAGUGUGACCUGCAUUAUACGGGCGACAACCUAACCACAAGAGUUACCAAUUGUAGAAGAAAGCCCUUGUUUGCUUAGUUGCCAAAUGUAUGUGGAAUAAAUUUUAUUAAAACAUGU